AGGACAGGACUCUGGACUCUCCUGCUGUCGCAGAUGAUGUCCUCCCCUGCAGCUCUGGUGUCCGGUGGAAAUGUGACGGUGAUCAGGGUGUGCUGUGUUCGCAGAGAGGGAGCGGGAUGUGUGUGAUGGGCUGCAGAGUGCAGUGUGUGGAUAAAGUGUUCCUCGAGGUUUACGUAACCCCUGCAUUAGUGGGAAGACACAGUAACCACCUCCAGAUGUGGGAGCGCGCAAUCUGACUGAUUAUUUACAACGAGACCAAUGAACAUCGCCCUCCCCGCAUCAUGAGCCUUAAUCUUUGCUCCUUUGUCAAUGCCCAAGUUAAUGCUUAAUCUUGGUACAGACCAUUAAUAGCUGAGGCCAAGCCCUGUUUAUGGGAGGAAGGUUACUUAGAUGUGCACGGAUCAGAUGUUGCAGACCAGAGUCACACAGGCUCAGGGACUCGUCAGCCUCAUCUCUACCAGAGGAGCAACCAGACCUCCAGGACUGAGUGAAGGGAGCAGCCACCAUGGCGAAGAACUCCUGCAAUACCAAGCUCAUCGCCGGGGCCUUCAUCGUCCUGACGGUCUCUGUCAUCGCUGGCAUCAUUGCCAUGAUAAUUUUCUACAAGACUCAGAUCGGCUCGAUGAACCCGACAGACCGCCCCCCCUUCGUUACCACCACCGAGCAGCCGCCACCUGACAGGCGGCUGCCGAAGAACCUGGUACCUGAGAGCUACAAGGUCUUCCUGAAGACUCACUUCUACCACCAGAUCAUUGAGGUGGUGAACGUCACCACUCCCAACCAGACCACCGUCUUCACUGGAAACUCCACAGUUAACAUGAAGUGCGUCCAGUCGACGAGCAGCAUCUACCUCCACAGCAGAAGGCUGGUAGUUUCCGACCCAGUGGUGAAGAACAGAGACAACCCCAAUGAGGAGAUACGUUCCUCCGUGGUGCAUCAUGGGGAAGCUGAUUUUUUGGAGAUCCAGCUGAACGUGGCGUUGGAGGCAGGAGGAAACUACAGCCUGUUUCUGAAUUUUAAGGGAUGGUCAUGGGGGUUUAUGGAUGGACUGUUCCUCAGCAUGUAUUUAGAAGGUGUCCCUGAAUUUGAAGGUGAUAUGGAGCCAGCAAGAUACUUGGCCGCCACCAAUCUGGAGCCAACCUUUGCCAGGACGGUGUUUCCUUGUUUCGACGAGCCUGAGUUGAAGGCUGUGUUUGACAUCACCAUCAUCCACAGGAAAGGCACCAAGGCUCUGAGUAACGCAUUAGUAUUUAGAGGCUCCAACAUAGACGAUGAGUGGGAGUACACUCAAUUCUACCCGACACCGAGGAUGUCCACGUACCUGUUCGCCUUCACGGUUUCAAAGUUUGAAUCAGUUGAAUCCGCCUAUGAACGUGUUGAGAUUAAAACGUUUGCUCGUCCCGAAGCCAUUGCGGCAGGACACGCUCAAUAUGCCGCCAACAUCACCGGAAAGAUCCUCCAGUUCUACGAGACGAAGUUUGGAAUCAUUUACUCGCUCAAGAAGCUGGACCAAAUCGCUCUGCCAGACUUGAACCCAUCUGCGAUGGAGAACUGGGGACUGAUCACGUACCAGCAGGGAGAUCUGCUCUUUGAGGAGGGGGUGUCCUCGCUGUUGCACAAGGAAUCCAUCGCUAUGAUCAUUGCACAUGAACUAGCUCAUCAGUGGUUUGGAAAUCUAGUGACGAUGAAAUGGUGGAAUGAGGUUUGGCUGAACGAGGGCUUCGCCACCUACAUGGCCUACUUUGCCGUGGAUGCAGUCGAGCCGUCAUUCAAAAUGAAAGACGAGUCUGUCAUGUCUGACCUCCACACGGCGUUCGAGGAGGACGCUCUGGCUGCUUCCCAUCCGCUCACUGUCCCGCCGGGAGAGAUCCAGACCACUCAGGAGAUCCUCGGCAUGUUUGAUUCAAUCACCUACAGUAAGGGGGCGAUGGUGCUGAGAAUGCUGGCAGACGUCGUGGGUCAAAACGUGUUCGACCGAGGAGUCAAUAUGUACCUCUCGGACUUCAAGUACAGUAACACCGACGAGAAGAACCUGUGGGAUCACAUACAAAAGGCCGUGGACGACGAUAAUGGUGUGAUCAAGGAGGUUGGGAAGUUGAUGCACAAUUGGACCAAUCAGAACGGAUAUCCCGUCAUCACCAUCAACACGACGAGCGGAGAGGUCAACCAGAAGCACUUCCUGUUCAACGACUCGUCUGAAUCGAGUCUUUGGUGGCACGUCCCGAUCAGAUUCAUGUCAAGUAAAUCGAAAUUUCCUCUGAUGUGGUUGGACAAUAAAUCAGUUACGAAAAACGACAUCAUUACCGAGAAUGGAGAUUGGAUCCUGGCGAAUGUGAACUGCGCCGGAUACUACCGAGUCAACUACAACCCGGAGAACUGGGAUGCCCUCUCCAGUCAGAUGGAACAAGACCAAUCGCCGAUCCCACUGAUGAACCGAGGGCAGCUCAUUGAUGACGCGUUCAACUUGGCGAGGGCCAAACUGGUCGACGUGACCCUGGCUCUGAAUUUGACGCGAUUCCUCCGCAACGAGACGGAGUUAAUUCCCUGGAAGUCAGCCAUGACCAACCUGGAGUACUUUGUCCUGAUGUUCGACCGCUCCGAGGUGUACGGCCCCAUGCAGACGUACCUCCGGGAACAGGUCCGCGAGCUGUACAGCUUCUACAGGAACUACACAGACCAUUCCCGGGUCCCGAUGGACCACUCCUCCCAACACAGCCAGAUCCUCGCCGUCAGGGUGGCCUGUUUCAAUGGACUGCCAGAAUGUGUGACCAUGGCUACAAAGAUGUUUGCCUUCUGGAUGAAAAACAACACCAACAUCAUCCAUCCCAACCUGCGCUCGACCAUCUUCUGCCAGGCGGUGGCCUCCGGUGGGAAGGCUCAGUGGGACUUUGCCUGGAACAAGCUGCAGAGCUCCAACGACACCUCGGAGAGGGAGCAGCUCCGGGCGGCUCUGUCCUGCAGCAGAGAGACCUGGCUGCUCAACAGAUACCUGCAGUACACCUUGGACCCCGAGAAGAUCCGAUUUAAGGACGUUUGGAACAUUAUUGACCUCAUCGCCAUGAAUCCUGCAGGGCAGGCACUGGCCUGGAACUUCAUCAGAGCAAACUGGGAGUUUCUACAUAUCCGCGGCGGACACAGUCUGAUCGCGGCCGUGGCCAGGAGGUUCUCCACCGAGUUCGAACUGGAGGAGCUGGUGCGAUUCUUGACCGACAACAAUCUGAUGUACAUGAAGGAGGAGCAGGCCAUCGAGCAGAUCAGCGUGAACAUCCAGUGGGUGAAGGAGCACCAGGAGAAGAUCCUCCAGUGGUUUGAGAUGGAAACGGAUUCGUAGAGCGACUGAAGUCCUGACGGUCGACAUCAGGAAACAAGAACAGAUCCAGAUCCGGAUUCUGGUCUGAAAGACCGGUCCGCACGACAAAGUAUCACAGCCACUCCGAGGGGGAAAAUGAACGCCUAAAUGCACAAGAAUAAAGUUGUGAUAUAACAAAGGGGGGAGGUGGGGGGGGAAGCAAAAUAUUAGAAGUAUCAUUACUCCAGGCUACAUGUAUUUUUAGAGGAAGUAUAUGAGGAUCAGCUCCUGUUAAAAUGUUGAAUUCGGAUUGUUUCAACAUUUUAUUCACUGCUUGUUUUCUUAAAUUAUUACUUAUAUUAUUACUAAUUAUCUGAAUUUCUCUUCAAUUACAACGUCGUAAUAUUCAGACUCCGACUUCUCGACAUCACAGAUUUCAUUUAGCAAUUGUGGCCUUUGUACGUGUAGAUCAGAAAACAGAUAAUGAUUUAGUUUAUGUACAGAAUACGUGUAUGCAUUAUUUAUAUCAUAUAUUUUUAAUGGAAACAGUAAUCUGUGAUUUGAGUUGUUUAGUUUCAAUCUGUUCUUGUUGCUUUUGUUUGUUAUCAGAAAUACUUCACUGUAGAAAUUUCAUGGAAACUCAUUUGUUUGAUUCAUUUCAUUGUAAAUAUGAGUUUGAUAAGUUUGAUGCAACAGUUAAAUUUGGUGCUAAUUUCCAGAGUCGGAUCCAAAAGACAGAAACCUGUUUGUUGGAGUGUGUCUAUGUUUGUAAUAUAUAUUUUAUAAUCAAGAAAACAAAUUAUUCUUGUAUUUUUACAUAAUAAAAUAUACAUUUUGUGUUCAA